AUGUCUGAUAUUGGUUCGAUCCAACCGAAUGGUGAUUGGAUGACGAUCUCGUCGCGCUCCCCAGACAAGGAGCCAUCGCCGCCAAAGCAGAUAAACCUCGCAGAGCCGCUGGUCGAGUCGGUGCGAGUAUACCUCGCCAAUGAGCUGCCGGCCAAGCAGCUAGCGCUGGUGCCGCGAGCGCCCUCGCCGCCGCCGACGCCGCGCGCUCCGCCGCUCUGCGAUGUGGACAUAGCCGCACACACCGCGCACGACGAGAUCAAAGGCAUCAACUUCGAGGCGCGCCUCAAGCGGAAUGACCUGAACAACAACGCGGCGCGACAACACAGCGACCCGCGACCGCCCGACAUGCCCAGCCAGGCCGAGCUCAUGCAGCGCCAGCCGCUGCUGGCGCGCACCGUGAAGGCGGACGCGCCGCAGCCCACCACGGACGAGUCCGACCCCGACCAGGACCACUCGCCGCAGCGCGCGCACGCCGGCGACUUCAUCGUCGAGAUCCCGCCCGGCGCCGUCAGGGAGGAGAGGUAUCCCAAGGAAAUAUGGAAAACUAUUAUAUCAUUCUUCUUCCUGUUUAUGUGCGUCUGUGUAAAUAUGAUGUCGCUGUCACUAGUGCACGAAAGACUGCCAGAUAGAAAUACGACGCCGCCGCUCAACGACAUCAUAUUAGAUAACGUCGGCGCCAGAGACUGGGGGCUCGCCGUCUCCGAGUACCUUAUAAUGAUAUCAACCACAGUCGCCAUGCUCGUGGUCGUCUUCCACAAGCAUCGGUUCAUCGUGGCGAGACGGCUAUUCUUCAUAAUCGGCCUACUGUACCUGUACCGGUCAGUCACCAUGUUUGUGACUGUGCUUCCGGUGUCAAGCACCACCUACUACUGUAGCCCCAAGAGUAACACCACGCCGCUACUAGUCAUCAAGAGAAUGUUCUACUUAAUAUCCGGGUUCGGAUUAUCAAUAAACGGCAAACACACGUACUGCGGCGACUACAUAUACUCGGGUCACACCAUGGUCCUGGUGUUGAGUUACCUCAUAGUGGCGGAGUACUCGCCGAAGAAGCUGUGGCCGAUGCACUGGGCCAUGUGGGGCUCUGCGCUGGGCGUGUCGUUCGUGCUGCUGGCGCACGGCCACUACACGGUGGACGUGGUGAUCGCGUACUACGUGACCACGCGCCUGUUCUGGACGUUCCACUCGCUGCUGGUGACGCCGCACCGCAGCGGCAACGGCUACAACCACUACAUGAUCCAGCGCGAGUGGUGGUACUGGCUGUUCACGUACCUGGAGCGCAACGUCGGGCCGGUGCCGCGGCGCUACGACUGGCCGCUGCCGUGGCCACGCACCAAGCUCUUCAGUCGGCUCAGCUAGUGACGCGCGCGCGCGACGCUGCCGCCGCCGGAACGCGUAUGACGCUCACCUUUUGCGAGUGCCGCUUGAGGACCUGCAGCUCCUUGGGACUGGUCCGCGUGCAGAUGGCCAGCGUUAGCGUGUAGUCAAACUGAUGCACGAUCAGAUUAAGGUAGACCGUCUCCUCCCAGUCUAUCUCGGGGUCUCCGAUGGGCAGCUUCUUGGAAUCCUUCCGGAACACCUCGACGUCGGUCUGCGAACAGGCGCGCGGGCCGGGUGAGCGGUGGCGCCGCUGCCCCGCGCUGCUAGGCUGUGCUUACAGUGCGCUCGCGACAACCGCGAGGGACAUUCAGUGACCGCUACGUGUCAAAUGUGAUAAUUCGCAAAGUGAGCAUAUAUUUAUUCCCUCACAACUAUUGCAAACUGUUCUAUACAAAGUGACUACCCUAUGCUUUUAUUGUUGAAUAUAAUUGUAAGAUUUGAUUUUAUUUGACAAAGAACAAUAAUUUAAUCGAUCAAUUAUGUACGGUGAACUGUUGAUAGAAUUUUUGUUUGUAAAUUGUAUAGUUUAUAAGUGGUUAUUGAACAACCUCGAAUCAAAGUUAAAACUUACUAAGUAUUUAUUAAAAAAAAUAUACUGUGAUUAAUGUAUAGUUGGUGACGAGCGAAUGUACGCAAGUAGCGGACAGUGCCGGGAGUUGCGUAUAAGUACAUGUACUUGUUGUACCAGCAGCCUACUAUAAGAAAUAAUAUUUUUAUAUUGUUUAAAAUAAAGUACAUACAUAACUGUUGUUAAUGCAUACUUUUUGUAUUCCGAAAUAUUACCAUGUAGAAUUUGUAACAUUCAACAUAAAUGGUGCUAAAUUAGAAUUGAUGGAACUAGAGUCAGUAACACUAGCAGCGGGCACCAACAACACUUAGAAAACAUUCCACACAGUCACAUGAUGUCAUGUUUACUGAUAUCAUUAACGAGAUCUAGAGGAGGCAUCAUCAUUGCUUUGCCAUUAUUAUAUUUUUGUUUUUGGACUUAAAUUAAGAACAAAAGAUAAGGACGCACAAGGGAGAUUAAUUGUAUCAUAAAACACAUAAUUGACAAGUUAGUUCAGCAACUAAUUACCAGCAUUAAACUAUUCCGCUAUAACUAUUUAUAUGGUCAUAGCAUAUUGUUGUCUGACACAAACAUCUUCUGCCUACGAGUACGUACUGGCUAUAUUUUGACAUACAUACACCGAUGCACUUUCUUAAACUCAAUUGAUCAAUUACCUAUUUAAUUUUGUUCUUUACAAGUCUGUUCACAAAAAAGUAAAAAGCUGAUAUAAUAAAUCACAUUAUCGCAUUUAUCAGAUAUGUUAUCGCAGUUAAAGGCAGAAAAAUAUAUCUGAAAUUCUAUAAAAGUUAUACUGUAGACAAGAUAGUGUGAACUCAGAGUGCACUGGUGUAGUACAAUGAUAUGAAUCAGUGGCAGGUGGCACGCACCGUGCGAGCGGGCGGCGGGCGCGUGUCCGCGAUUUCAGCACUUACCUCGUACUUGGGCAGGUAGCGCGAGGAGCCCUUCACGUGGCGUUUUCUUACAAAAAACAACAAAUCGUCACAGUCUAUCGACUGCUCCUCUUGAAACAGAAAGUGCCGCACGAACAGAUCUGUCCAAUAUGUCGUUCCUUGUAGCACUACGAAACCACAAUCUGAAAUGAUUAUGAAAUACAUAAAUCGUGUAUGUUGCAGUUAGAGAACUUCAACUGUUUGUAGCUCAACAGUGCUUGAUAGCAAAGUUGUAGCUAACUCAUGUACAUUGCAAAGUGCCUUCAACAUGUUAUUAAGUAUACUGAAUUCCACCUCAUUUAUAUGUUGCUUCAAUAGUAAUAAUUAAUUCAUCAUUUAUUGUUAAUACGUGUACCUAGUUAUUUUUGUAAAAAAAAUCACUGCAUCAACAUAAUUAUCACGAAAUUAUAAUCACCUAUCAAAUUAUGUGACGAAUAAGCAAAUACAAAAAGUAUAAUUCUUCUAAUUAAGAAUAAUAAACAAAUAUUGUACUGUACUUGAAUAAGAUACGUACUCAUCAGUUGAAAACAAAUUUAUAACUAAAAGUUUCAAGUAAGUUAUAACUAAGAGGUCUACUUAAAAGCAUUCCUGGGACACAGACAUCAGCCAUGACCUUGAAAAGAACCCGGUUCCUCGACAGGUGUGAUCAAGUAGAACUAGGUGUUAUUUUAAUUAUAAUUAGUUCGCGUAUAUGGAACAUGUCCACGGUGCUGUGUGACAUGAGCGCGGACGAGUCAGCAGGCUCGCGCCUCUCUCCUCUUCAGCGUCCGCUGUACAUUCUGCUUGUGUGUGCACAUUGCAUUCGUGAACAUUAUUAAUAAUCAUUAACUGCCUGAACAAUGCAUUCUUAAUUAAUGCAUAUUUUUUGAGAUGUUUAGAGUACAAUUACACUAUAUUUGUAUGAAGUUCUUGUUCUCGUACCUAGAUGAACAGAUCUUGUAAAUACUGAAUGUCUAAUGAAAAGCCACAUUAAAAAUCUUUGAUGAAAUGCUGUGUACAAGUAUUUACCUAAUUGGAAACCUACUUAUACAGUAUUGCAUACUGUCAUGUCAUCAGAACCGAAUGUAAACCGGACAACUUAACUUCUUAGUGAUUCAAUCCUGCCGAGACAAUAUAGUCUGUCCGACCAGUUUGUUAUACAUAAAGUAGUCCUUCCUAGUUUGUUAGUGAGGCUAUUCAAGAGUUCAAGCAACUGCAUUGAUGGAUGCCACAUUCCGACAUUUUACGUGAUCCCUUUUUAGAAUAAUUAUGUAAAAAUAUUAUGUACGGAACAUGCAACUGUUUAUACCAACGCUGUUGUAAAGUUAAUUAAAUGUUUUUUUCUUAAAAAA